AUGAAGAUUUUGAAAUUUGGUAUCCCCGUCUACGUUUUAGCAGGAAAAAAGAAGGACCAAGAGAAAGAAGCAAGAAGUGCUUGCUCAAAUUCUGAGCUGUUUCUUGGUCACGGCUCUUUUAUUGACUGCACAAACGGAUUCAAUAAAGGGUCAAAGUGCCACUACGUUUGCAAUCCUGGAUACGAGUUCGUCUGCAGCACGAAAAAUCAACGCUCCCUGUUCAAGUGCAAAUGCAAAGGAAGCGACUGCAAGUGGAAGGGACAAACUGGCUGUUGCGAACCUAACGAUGUAGCGUCGGAUAUUCUUUGCCCAGAAGCUGACGCAGAAAUUGACUUUGAAACCGGAACGGAAGUGAUGUUCGAUUUUUACUACAAGAGCGCGAAGCCCUCCGGUAUCACUUUUUCAAUCGCCGACACCGAGAAAAGCAACGGAAACGGCGGGACAGAUGGCCUCACACCCUGGCACGCGGAGGUUCAAGGACGCAAUGGAAAUAUGGAAAUCUUCAUGAACUCAAACGACGAUGUCAGUCUAUUUGAAAUCAUGCCCGAAGCGCGUCCUUUUCUUAUCGAAAAUUUGACGAACAUCGUGGCCUCUUAUGCGCACUUGUCGUUGACAGUCAAGCCCGACUAUUUUGGCUGGAAUGACAAUCGACACGAAGAUCAUAAUUGGGAACUGAAUCGGGAAGGCUUCAUUUCUAGCAAAUAUCUUUUCGCGAUGGACGGGAGAACUUACAUUCCAAAUUAUGGAACAGGCAAAGAAGACAAAGCCCUGUAUCUUGGCAUGAACCAAGUGGUCUAUCCUUACGACACAGGAAACAUCGGAAUGGGCCUCUGCAGAGCUUGCAUCACUAUCCGCCGAAAAUGCAAUGAUGCGGAGCUAGAAGUCGACCUAACAACAGGACAAACAUGGGGAUUUCCCACCAGUAACGUCGACUGGUACCGGCCAUUGAAGAAAAGCGCGUUGGUAGCCGGUGGGUGUUCAAUGCAAGGAGUUCUGAAAUUCACAACGUCGACGAUCAAAAAGAUGAAAAUGCGCUUCUUUUACGGAGAUGUCGAUAUUGCCGGCACGCAUAUGAUUCUUGCUGACUCGCCGAAUGGAGAAGGUUUUGGGAACGACUGGGCGAAUAAAUACAGAGCACAGAUCCACGCCUGGAACAAGGAGCUAGCUCAAUACGUGGCGUUGCAUGAAAACUGGCCGAAUGGGGUCCAAGGUGGUCAUAGAUUGUACACUGGAACGAGGCUGAGAAAUUUCUACGAGAACGGAGCGACUUAUGAUAUAACGCUGGAAGAUCGAGUCUUUUCGUAUUCUAAUAAUGAUGGCCACAGUGGGUCGAAAAUGAACCCAUGGAUGUUCCGAAUGAACAAUAAGAAGAUAAAAAGCGAGCCUCUCGACGAAGAUAUUUACCUGGGCCUCAAUCGAGUUCCAAGAGAUGGAAAAGACGGAAAGAACUCUGGACUCUGUCAUGUCUGUAUUUGGAUCGAUUAA